AUGGACGACCGUAAGAGAUCCAUCCAGCCCGACUCGGACGACAUCUAUCCCAGCAAGCGCCACCAGACCACCCAGAAUGCGCCCCAGAUGAGGAUGGACUCCGAGAAGGAGAAGGAUGUCGAGUCGUUCCAGAAAGACGCCAUCCUCCGCCAGAUGAAGGAAUACAAGCGCGAAAAGACCCUCUACGAGUCCCAAGUCCAAGACCUGUCCAAGCGCUCCCAAUACCAUGACGAUCACCUGCGCAUUGUCGACUCAUGGUUCACCCAGUUACUCGACGAAAUCAGAAUUUUGGUUGGCGACCUCGUCUCAGAUCAAGAACCCGAGGCUGGUGAACUCUUCCGCUCGUCUUUGCUCUUCGAUGAACACUCUCAAUUCGAAUCCCAUCUCAAAAAUCGCUCUGCCAAAAUCAAAGCUGCCAUCAAGGAUGUUUUUGGCAGACUGCCUGCUGCCGAGCCAGAAGUCAGAAGUCUUCAGGAAAGGCUAGCGGCCCUCUUGGCCACCGAGAAGGCUCAUGUUAUUGAGAGCCAGAGAAUUAUUGGUGAGCGCGACCAAUUGUCAGAACGCUUGGAACAGGCAUCCUAUCGUUACCUUCUCGCCGAAAAGAAACUUGAUCGUGUAAAGAGCGCUCAAGUCCAGAAGCUCGAGCGUCAGGCAACAAUGGGCGGAACCUCUGAGUCCAGCUCUACUUCAGAAAAGAAAUCUGCCAAGAGUGACGCUGUCGAAACAAACGGCGACGUCGACAGUGCUGUUCACGCAGCCGCAGAGACCGCGCGCAGAGAGGCGCUCGCUGCAUCCGAAAAGCGCAAACUUCAGACGGAACAACUUGAGGCAGAGAACAAACAACUAACCGAAGAACUAUCCUCUGCCAAGGUCCGACUCACUUCGCUAUCUGAUGAGGACUAUGCUAAAACCGAUCUAUACAAAUUGCUAAAAUCCCAGCACGAAGAUGUGAUCAAGCGUGUCAACGACCUGGAAGCUACUAAUUUGCAACUUCGCGAGGAGGCUCAGAGACUACAGGCCGAGAGAACGUCCUAUCGCAACAACAUGGAAGAGGAGUCACAAACAAAUGCCACCGACCUUGAGAGUCAAUUAGCACGCGCCGAGUCUGAUUUGGCCCGCAUUCGCAACGCAAGAGAUGAACUUUCAGCUGAGCUUUCUGUCCGCAAAGGAUCACAAGAGCAGAGUCAAGUGGCUUCGGAUUCGAUCAAGGAGUUGGCAGCUGCUAGGGAGACACGUAUCGCUGCACUGGAAUCCGAGGUGGAACGUCUCAAACUACAAAUUGGAGAGAGCACUGCGGCUACUACUGACGAGACUCUGGAAGCCAUGUCAAUCGAAGAGCUGAGAUCCAAGCUAAAGACACUCGAAAACCAACACCUACUGCUCAACAACGAGUUGCCUUCUAUGGAAGCAGCAUGGAAGAAGACCAAAAGCCUGGCAGAAAGAAAAGUGGCCGAGAUCAUUGAAUGGGAAGAACAGCGUACGCGCAUCAAUGCUGAAAAGGCAAAGGCUGAUCAGAAGUACUUCGCUGCAAUGAAGGCCAAGGAGGCUCGCGAGAACGAACUACGAACUCUCAAAGCACAGAACGCAAAGAGUUCUGAAAUCGUGACACAACUGAAGGACGCCGAGAACAACAGCAGAUCACUGAUUAUCAAUCUGGAGAAGCAAAUUUCCGAGUCCAAGGAAUCAUUAACUUCUCUUUCUCAGCAAAACCGAACAAUGCAACAAAAACUUAGCGAAGGAAACAUAACUCUGGAGAAACUGCGCACACAAAUCACGGACAUGAAGAAAUUGGUUGUUUCGAAGGAUGCUGCUUCAUCAGCCGCAGCAUCAGCGAAGCGACAGGCUGAGGUUGAGCUUGAAGAAGUCAAGGUCCGCUUGGAAGAUACCAAGAAAUCUCUUGAAAGCAUGAAGAGAAAAGGCUCUGGACGGGAGUCUGAAUCGGAUGACUGGCGUACUGACGACAAGCAGAAAAUCGCCAUCUGUCCUGUUUGUAAUUCGAAUCUGCGCAACACCGUCCUCAAACUAUGCAGCCACACUUUCUGCCAAGGCUGUGUACAGAAUCUUAUCGCCAACCGCUCAAGAAAAUGCCCAUCCUGUGGUAAAGCAUUCGGGCAUGCAGAUCACAUGCCCAUUGUCCUGGCUUGA